AACAAACGGUCGUGACGUCACAAUUAUGCGCCGCGCUGUACGAACGUCCAAGUCGAGGGGAUUUUGAUGGUGAAUUAUUUUAAGUUGUCACCAUGGUUAUGAAGUCCACCGUGGAUGAUGACGACGCCGGCUGGGGGCUGGGUAUCCCUGAUAAGAUGAAAAACAAUGCCAACUGGGUGGACAUCACACAUGAAUUUAAGGGCGCCUGUAAAGAAUUGAACCUGGGGGAGUUGCUCCAUGACAAACUGUUUGGCCUGUUCGAAGCCAUGUCUGCCAUAGAGAUGAUGGAUCCCAAAAUGGAUGCAGGAAUGAUCGGCAACCAGGUCAACAGGAAAGUUCUUAAUUUUGAACAAGCAAUUAAGGAGGGCGUCAUCAAAGUGAAAGACCUUAGUUACCCUGAGCUCAUUGGGAUUAUAGAUACUUGUUUUUGCUGUUUGAUCACGUGGCUGGAGGGACACUCUUUGGCACAAACCGUGUUCACCUGUUUAUAUGUUCAUAAUCCGGACCUGAUUGAGGAACCGCCAUUAAAGGCUUUUGCAUUGGGGAUCCUCAAAGUGUGUGACAUCGCCAGAGAGAAAGUCAACAAAGCAGCUGUUUUUGAAGAGGAGGAUUUCCAGGCGAUGACAUACGGCUUCAGGAUGGCCAAUAACGUUACAGACCUGCGAGUCACGGGAAUGCUGAAGGAUGUUGAAGAUGAAUUACAGAGAAAAGUAAAGAGCACGAGGAGUCGACAGGGUGAGCAACGGGACCCAGAGGUGGAGCUGGAGCAUCAGCAGUGCCUGGCUCUUUUCAACAGAAUCAAAUUCACAAGACUUCUACUGACAGCACUGAUCGCUUUCACCAAGAAGGAGACCAGUUCUGUGAGUGAGGCUCAGAAACUUGUGGCUCAGGCAGCCGACCUCCUGUCACCCAUCCACUCCAGUAUACAGCAUGGGAUCCAGUCACAGAAUGAUACCACAAAAGGAGACCACCCUAUAAUGAUGGGAUUUGAGCCUUUAGUGAAUCAGAGACUGCUACCUCCUACGUUUCCACGUUACGCAAAAAUCAUCAAAAGGGACGACAUGGUGGCGUAUUUCAGCAAACUCAUCGAACGCAUCAAAACUGUGUGCGACGUCAUCAACACCACCAACCUCCACGGCAUCCUGGAUUUCUUUUGUGAAUUCAGUGAACAGUCUCCUUGUGUACUAUCUAGGUCUUUACUUCAGACCACUUUUUUGAUAGAUAACAAAAAGGUGUUUGGGACUCACCUGAUGCAGGACAUGAUAAAGGACGCGCUCAGAUACUUUGUCAGUCCUCCAGUUCUCUCAUACAAAUGUUGCCUGUUCAAUAAUCACCAAGCCAAGGACUACAUUGACUCCUUUGUUACACACUGUUCGAGGCCGUUCUGCAGUCUGAUACAGAUCCAUGGACAUAACAGAGCCCGGCAAAGGGACAAACUGGGACACAUCCUGGAAGAGUUUGCUACACUACAAGAUGAGGCCGAGAAGGUUGACGCAGCGCUGCACAGUCUGCUGAUGAAGCUGGAGCCUCAGAGGCAGCACUUGGCCUGUCUGGGGACCUGGAUCCUUUACCACAACCUCCGCAUCAUGAUCCAGUACCUGUUGAGCGGCUUCGAGCUGGAACUGUACAGCAUGCACGAGUACUACUACGUCUAUUGGUACCUGUCUGAGUUCCUUUACGCAUGGCUCAUGUCGACCCUGAGCAGAGCCGACUCGUCACAAAUGGCCGAAGAGCGAAUCCUGGAGGAGCAGCUAAAAGGACGCAGCAGCAAGAAGAGCAAGAAGAAAAAGAAAGUUCGGCCUCUAAGUAAAGAAAUCACAAUGAGCCAGGCCUAUCAGAACAUGUGUGCGGGCAUGUACAAGACCAUGGUGGCUCUGGACAUGGACGGUAAAGUGCGAAAGCCUCAGUUUGAAUUGGACAGUGAGCAGGUUCGCUACGAGCACCGGUUUGCUCCAUUCAACAGUGUGGUCACGCCCCCUCCUGUGCACUACAUACAGUUUAAGGAGAUGUCAGACCUUAAAAAGUACAAUCCUCCGCCAGGCUCUGCAGACCUGUACAUGGCAGCCAGUAAACAUUUCCAACAGGCCAAACUCAUCCUGGAGAACGUCCCUAGUCCUGACCCAGAGGUAAAUCGUAUUCUAAAGGUAGCUAAACCCAACAUUGUGGUGAUGAAACUGCUGGCUGGAGGACAUAAGAAGGAGACAAAGGUGAUGCCAGAAUUUGACUUCUCAGCUCAUAAGUACUUUCCUGUGGUCAAGAUCAUCUGACGCUUCUAAAAGAAAAACAAAACAAAACACCUCCUUACAGAAAAAUGGUCCCGAUCCAGUCCUGACCCUGUCCUGACCCUGGACUGGUCCUGAUCCGGUUGUAAUCCAGUCCAUGUCUUCUGUUGGACAACGUAUCACAGAUUAGAUCCACUGUUUGAUACAGCCUUGACAAACCAAACACCAGAAUCAUAUAUUGUCUUGGUUCAAAGUUAUGGCCAUUGUAUUUGACCAUGUUUAGGAUCUUUAUCUGAACAACUAUCAUGAUAAAUGCUGUAAUGUGAAAGAUGAGAAUAAUUAAAAUAUG